AUGAGGUGCAUGCGCUUGCUGCUCCUCGCGGCGGUGGCUCUGGCUGCUGUCCAGGCCGCUCCUGCGAACGAGCGUGCGCUUAUGGAUCUUGAGGAGACGCUCAUGGCGUCCGCACAGGUGCAGAACGGCCGGAGGCUGCUGAGCGUCGAUUUAUUCGAGGACCACGCGGCGCGGUACCUGAUGGCCGCCGCCGACACGACAGAGGAAGCCACAGCGCUCUUUAAGCUGUACAAGAAACUAUAUCCGGAGAGGGCUGCGGCCUGGGGCUCAACGGAAGCCAAACAGCUCGCGUACUUCGAGGAGAACGUGUUCCCCAGUAUCCAGGAGAAGGCCAAGAAGCUACUGUCCUCGACGUCGGCCUCAGGGUCGGGAACAAACGUCGGUGACGAGUCGGGCACCGGAACAACUUCAGGCACCAGCGGUGGCACAUCGACUAGUGGUGGCACUUCUACUUCCGGUGGCACAUCGACCAGCAGCGGCACUUCGACAACCGGCGGCACAUCGACAACCGGCGGCACAUCUACCGGCGGCGGCACAUCAACUAGCGGCGGCACAUCGACCAGUGGUGGCACGUCGGGUACGUCUACGAGCGGAACGUCGGGCACAUCAGGCACAUCGGGAACGUCAGGUACCUCUGGCACGAGCGGUACAUCCACUUCGGGCGGAACCACGUCUGGUGGAACGUCUACCACGGGUGGCACUUCUACUUCUGGUGGAACCACGUCUAGCGGUACAUCUACGUCCGGCGGCACUUCCACAUCCAGUGGCGGCACCUUGUCGGCGACGUCGACGUCUUCAACGACCAGCACCGCGUCCGGCUCGUCCUUCUGGUCGACGACGUACAACUCGGCGCUGUCGUCGAACGUAGACUCGCUCAAGCGCCAGACCGGCACGAUUCAAACGGUCGUGCAGUCGUCAUCGGCUAGCAGCUCGUCCAGCUCGUCUGCCGCCGCUGCAUACACUUCUCCGACUGUCAUCAGCGGAUACACGAGUCCGACGCGUCGUUAUCUGUCGAGUGGCAGCUCGGACACGUCCAACAUCGACGUUUUGUUCUGCGAUAUCGAGGGCAAUGCCAUCUGGAAGUGGAGCGCUGAGGACGUCCCGGACGCUACCGUCACCAACACGUCCAGUUCGACUGCCGAGAUCGACGUGGACGUGGACGGCGUCUGCUCGGCCACCACGACGCUCACUGUGUCUGCUUACCAGACUGGCUGCUCGCUCCAGAACCACCCGGAUGGCUGCGACAACGUGUACUACAAGGGCUGCGGUGGCAUCACGGUCUCUCCUAACAGCGACCGUAUCGUCAUUGCACGCACUGGCGGUCGUACUCUUGGUGUGCUCAACUACAAGUCAGUGGACAACGCCUGUCAGGGUCAAGUCGUGGACGCCAUUUCCACUUAUCGCGGCAAGAAAUUCAACAGUCCCACGUACGCUGAGUACGCCAACAACGGCAUCUUGUACUUCACGGACAGUCCCUUCGGUCUGGCUACCAGUGACGCGGACUUUGACGGUGAUACGCUGGACAAGUCGCCGCUGCGUGAGAUCCCCUUUAACGGCGUCUACAUGCUGCGGAACGGCACGGGCCAGUCGGUGGAGCUGGUGGACUGUGAUAUGACGCGUCCCAAUAAGAUUGCCUUCUCUCCGGCCCAGGAUAUCAUGUACAUCACCAACUCGCAGAAGGGCAACUCGUACAUUAAGAGCUACAUUAUGGCGGACGACGGUACAGUCAGCAACUCGAGCGUCUUCUUCAACUUCACGGCGCAUCCGGAACUCGAGACGGAUGCUGGAUACGCCAAGGGCAUCAAGGUGGACGACAAUGGCUACGUAUACGUGGUGUGCUACAAGGGCGUGUACAUCUUCUCUCCGGAGGCGGAACUGGCCGGCGCCAUCAUGAGCGACGAGGAACUCGACUCGGUGUCGAUGGGUCUGGGUCGUCUCUUCAUCUCUGGCAGUUUUGGCCUCGUGGCGCAGACCAGCGGUGUGCCCUCACAGGGACUUCCUCAAGCUCAAGUCACGUGCAGUGCCUAG